GUGGGGGGGGGCUGCUUCAGUUUACAGAUCGAAAGGAGAAAAGAGAAAUUGGAACGACACCUCUACCUUGCCUUGGCUUUUUUUUUUUUUCCUUCUCUCGACGUGCCCCCCUCGCUACGGAGAUGGAGUUUGGCAAAAGGAUUUCUGUGGAAUCCAGCGGCGCUGGUGGCGGUAGCCAGGGCCGCUUGGCUGCAGUGCGGGACGCGGCAUGCGUUCCUGGCAGCGCCGACACACGCACCUGCUCCGCUCGCUGGGCCUUUCCUCGUUAGCCAGCCCGCUUCGCUGCUGUCGUCCCCCGUCUCUCCCUCAACGCGCUCUCUGGAUUAACCAGGAACCAUUUUGCGGGAUUGACUUUACUUUUACUGCGAAACAGAGACAGGAUAAAUAAAGCCUGAUUGACUGAUCCCUUUCCUGGAUAAUGGAUGUGAAUUAAAAUUUACACCCGCUUUUAUGUGCGAUUUACAAGAAAAAACAAACAAAAAAGGACUUCUCAGAACUCGAGAGGUAGGUGUUCCUUUCCACUGAUUCAAAACUCUAUUUUUCCCCUCCGUUUUCCUCGCCCUCUUCUCCUUCUCUUUCUCUCUCCUUCAUUCUCUCUCCCACUCUCUCUCUCCUUCUCUCUCUCUCUUCCUCGCUCUCCCCCCCUUCUCUCUCUCCCUCACUCUCCCCCUCUCUCCCUCUCUCUCUCCGUCGAUGGAAGAAAGAUCCAGAGUUCUGCUUAACCCAGGGUAGGGCCGGUUCUCCGCGAGUCCCUCCCUCCCCAGCUCUGAGCCCCCCCCAGGGCGAAUCCCCAGGUGAUGUUGAAUAAUGACCGUGCCACAUCAUGAGUCUCCUGUGGCAGGUAACUGUGUCCCGUACCUGGAACGCCGCCCUGCUUUUUGUGGUCUACCUGAUGGUGCGAGCGUGGAGUCUGUGCGCCGCCUCGUCGGCCGCCGUGCCGCACACCUGUCCCGCCGUCUGCUCCUGCAGUAACCAGCUCGGCAAGGUGGUGUGCACCCGCCGCGGACUGACCCGCGUGCCGCCGGGGAUACCGCCCAACGCCCGCCACCUCAACCUGAUGGAGAACUCCAUCGAGCUGAUCCAGGCCGACACCUUUCGGAACCUGCGGCACCUGGAGGUCCUGCAGCUGGGCCGGAACGCCAUCCGGCAGAUCGAGGUGGGGGCCUUCAACGGCCUGUCCAGCCUCAACACCCUGGAGCUCUUCGACAACCGGCUGACGGUCAUCCCCAGCGGGGCCUUCGAGUACCUGUCCAAGCUGCGCGAGCUGUGGCUCCGGAACAAUCCGGUGGAGAGCAUCCCGUUCUACGCCUUCAACCGCGUGCCGUCGCUCAUGCGGCUGGACCUGGGCGAGCUGAGGAAGCUGGAGUACAUCUCGGAUGGCGCCUUCGAGGGGCUCCACAACCUCAAGUACCUGAACCUGAGGAUGUGCAACCUGCGCGAGAUUCCCCUGCUGGGCCCCCUGGUGGCGCUGGAGGAGCUGGAGGUGUCGGAGAACCACUUCCCGGUGAUCAGACCCCGGUCGUUCCGGGGCCUCCGGACGCUGAAAAAACUCUGGAUAAUGAACGCGCAGGUGAGGCUGAUCGAGCGCAAUGCCUUCGACGACUUGACGGCCCUGGUGGAGCUCAACCUGGCCCACAACAACCUCAGUGCCCUGCCCCACGGCCUCUUCGCCCCCUUGAGGCACCUGGCGGAACUGCACCUGCACCACAACCCCUGGAGCUGCGACUGCGAGGCCGUGUGGCUCGCCGGGUGGGUGCGGGAGCGCAUCGCCUCCAACUCCACCUGCUGCGGCCGCUGCCACACCCCGGCCCACAUGCGCGGCCGCUACCUGGUGGAGGUGGAGCCCAGCGGGUACCGUUGCUCCGCCCCUUUCAUCAGCGACGCCCCCAGGGACCUGAACAUUUCGGUGGAACGGGAGGCGGAACUCAGGUGUCGAACGUCCCCGAUGUGGUCCGUCCGGUGGCUGCUGCCCAACGGGACCAUCGUGACCCACGGUUCCAGCCAACCGCGGAUGGUGGUGCUGAGCGACGGGACUCUGAACUUGUCCAAUGUCCUGGCAGGCGACAAGGGCACCUACAUCUGCAUGGUGGCCAAUGCCGCGGGCAGCUCCAACGCCUCGGCCUACCUGAACGUCAGCGGCGGAGAGCUCAACACCUCCAACCUAAGCUACUUCACCACCGUCACCGUGGAGACGCUGAGCCCCACGGCCAAGCCCGGCCGCCCCGGCCCUGCCCCCGUCAAGCCCAAAGCGCCCAACUCGCCGGCGGUGACUGCCUCCCCCUCCGUUUUUCAGCCCGCCUUUAUCUCCACGCCAACCGUCCUCCUCCACAGCACCCAACCCCCCGUCGCGCCCUCCGGCCCCGCCCCCAGCCCUGGCCCCACGGCCAAGGGCACGGGGAAGCUGCCCGACAGCAUCGACGAGGUGAUGAAGACAACCAAGAUCAUCAUCGGCUGCUUCGUGGCGGUGACCCUGCUGGCCGCGAUCAUGCUGAUCGUCUUCUACAAACUGCGCAAGAGACACCAGCAGCGGAGCACGGUGGGGGCCGCCAGGACCAUAGAGAUCAUACAGGUGGACGAGGACAUCCCCCCUCCGGCCUCGGCGGGCGCCGCCACCGCCAGCAUACCCGGGGAGGGCGCGGUGCUGCCCCCUGCUGUCCGGGAGCACAACAGCACCUUCAAACCCACCUAUAGCACCUACACACCAGCGCGUUCCUCACCCUGGACUGAGUACAGCCUGUGCAACUCGCUCCAUCGAUCCAGACCCAGAGAAAUCACCACUGUCCCUGACACCUUCAGCUUAAAGACUAACACCAAGGACAGGGUGCAGGAGACACAAAUAUGAGAACACCAUGCAAUACAAUGCAAAAAAAACACAUGCACGCACACACAUUCACACACACGCACACACAUACACACACACACAGCUUCUUUUGUACAGAGUGCAAAAUUGAGACUGUUUUUGUGUACAUGCUUACCUAAAGUAAAUACAUACGUAAAUACACACCGUACAUUAUAUAUAUGAAAAUGCGUAAAUACAUAAAUGUACUAUGGGCUGGUUACGAGAAGCAGAUUACAUGGGGGGAAAUGAAAUCUACACUAUUUUCUGACUUGUAACUUCUAUUUAAAAAAAUGAGAGUUGUUUAAAAAAAAAUCUGUCAUAACUUUGUGAAAGAACGGAGAACGUGUUUGAAAAAACGGGCAUUGUGUAAUUUUUAGAUGACGCAGAGAAUAUCGAUUUCUACAGAGAACUCUUUCUAAAAAUAUUAAUGAAAAA